ACUUUCAGGUUGUAUCGCUACACUCCUGCACAUGCGCCCUAAUGACCAAUGACGCGGCGCAUGCUCCCCGGUGGAGAGGGAGACACGUCAUAGAAGAAGAUGGAGGAAUACGCACGCGAGCCCUGUCCAUGGAGGAUAGUUGAUGAUUGUGGUGGUGCCUUUACAAUGGGCGCCAUUGGUGGUGGAAUUUUUCAGUCUAUUAAAGGCUUCAGAAAUGCUCCAGUGGGAAUGAGUCACAGACUUCGUGGAAGUCUGACAGCAGUUAAGACCAGAGCUCCACAAUUAGGAGGAAGCUUUGCUAUUUGGGGUGGGCUGUUUUCAAUGAUUGACUGUGGCUUAGUGAAGGUCAGAGGGAAAGAAGAUCCAUGGAAUUCUAUAACCAGUGGAGCCUUAACAGGAGCCAUAUUAGCUGCACGAAAUGGUCCAAUGGCAAUGGUGGGAUCAGCUGCAAUGGGAGGUAUACUUCUAGCCUUGAUUGAAGGAGCUGGAAUAAUGUUGACACGAUUUGCUUCAACCCAAUUCCCAACAGGUCCACAGUUUGCAGAUGACCCAACUCAACUACAAACUCCAUCAUUUGGUGAAUAUAGACAAUAUCAGUGACAAAUCAAUUGCAAUACCUCUAACUUUAUGGAUGCUGAAGGACUAAUAGUGUUAUUAAGGGAACAAAAAAGUCACUCCAGACAUCCUGUGAAGAGCACACUGUCAUCUAUGUAGUCGUACGUAACCAUUUUUUUAAGGUGGCUGGUGUGAAUUAUUGCAGGGCUGGUGCAGUUAGAAAAGGCCAUUGUAGGAAAUUUAAUGUAUAAAACAACUUUCUGCUAGUGGCCUUGGAAUAUAUGUAUAUAUGGUUUCUACCAUAUUUUACCUUGAUAUGAAGGCCCUUGUAUCAGAACUGUUAUUAAAUCCAAGAUUAUUUUGUGCCUGAGUUUUAUAGAGUUCUCUGGUGAAUAUAUUUGUAAACUGUAUGGUAAAAUAAUCUAUUGACAUUGUGUCCCUUUUAGCAUUUCAAAUCCAACAAAAUAAAUCACAGCGUCCAGCCUCCUCUUUAGAAGGACAUUUUUCAGACAUUGAUUUUAACUAGUAAAGGCACAAAACAUUAUUGUGAGAGAAGUUGUUGUUUCAUCUCAUUACAUUAAAAAAUUACAGCCAAAUUGUCAUCUUGGUAGGAAUUUUAAGGGUUUAGUUUAUUUAUUACUUUGGGUGCCAGAUUUACGAAUACACUUGCUGUGAGCUGAAUGUGUUUUGCUAAGACUCCAGGCAUCCUAAUUGGAAAUUAAAGUGGUUAAUAUAAAUUGUGAUAACUAUUUGAGCUACUUUAUUUAUGGUUGAAUUUGAGCAGGGGAGAAACUACUCCUUUAUGUUAACAAGUAAAGGAUAGGAAUUGAGACACCAAUAUUUGUAAGAAAACCCUUAUUUCGACCUAGAAUGAUUGGGUUUUCAAAUCUAAUGUUUACUUAUAAAUGUCGCUUUGGUGCUCUCCUUCAACAUCUUGUGUUGAAUUGUGCAUGAAGCAACUUGUCACUUGAUUGUACCUAACCAAGUUUCCAUUAGGAGUUACAGUGGCAGCAGUGAAGAAUACCAGUAUGUGAUGAGAAGAUCUUGUGUUUUGUCACUCAUUGAAUAAUAAAUGUUCUAUCAGACUGAAA